GCGUUCGAACCCCGCAGUGGCGCGCGCUCCUCUCCCGCUUCCGGCCAAAACACGGCGGGGGGAGCUCGGCCACGACGAUGGCCGCGGAGGGCACGGGGCCCGCGGGCCGCGCGUCGCGGGGCCCCGCCUGGAGCGACGCGCAGCUCCGCGUCUACCCCUUCCCCACGGAGAGCAUCCCCAGCUUCCCGCACGACGACGUGCGUGCCGAGGCGCUCAUCGACAACGAGGAGCCAGUGGUGCUGACAGGCACGGGCCUGGUGGCCUCGGCACUCAAGUGGGACCUCCCGUACCUGUGCGAUCACCUGGGAACGGGCGACUUCUCGGUGUACGCCUCGCCUACGCACCGCUUCCUCUACUACGACGACAAGAAGCUGGGAAACUUUCCCACCUUCGUGCCACCAGCCACGCGGCAGAACCUGAAGUUCCCCGAAUUCCUCCAGACGCUGGAGGCGGUCCGAGCGAGCGGUGGCAGGGACAGGUUGUACCUGCAGCAGACACUAAACGACACGGUUGGAAAGAAGAUCGUGGUGGACUUCCUGAAUUUCAACUGGAACUGGAUCAACCGUCAGCAGGCCAAGAGGAACUGGGGCCCACUCACCUCAAACCUCCUCCUCAUUGGCAUGGAGGGGAACGUGACACCGUGCCACUACGACGAGCAGCAGAACUUCUUUGCGCAGGUCAAGGGCUACAAGCGCUGCAUUCUCUUCCCGCCGGAACAGUUUGACUGUCUCUACCCGUAUCCCAUUCACCACCCGUGUGACCGGCAGAGCCAGGUCGACUUUGAAAAUCCAGACUACGAGCGGUUUCCGAACUUCCGCAAGGCAAUUGGAUACGAAACGGUGGUCGGCCCAGGAGAUGUUCUGUACAUUCCCAUGUACUGGUGGCAUCACAUUGAGUCUCUGCUGGAUGGAGGCAUCACCAUAUCUGUCAACUUCUGGUACAAGGCUGCUCCCGCCCCAAAGAAGAUCGACUACCCUCUGAAGGCCUUCCAAAAAGUGGCCAUCACACGGAACAUCGAAAAGAUGUUGGGAGAGGCCCUCGGAGACCCUCACGAGGUUGGCCCACUUCUGAAUAUGAUGGUGCGAGGGAGAUAUGACAGCAGUCAAUGAGGGCAUCAGUAUCUGUUGGAUAUAAUUCAGCACCUGAAAUCCCUGGCCAACUAUCACACUAACUCCUUAAAUUUGUACACAAAACCGUUGUUGGCAAAUCGACUGUAGCCAACAUUACUGGUAUAUUUACUCAAGCUGGCUUUCGAUCAUUUGUUUUUGCAUAUUCAUAAUUGCACCCCAUGUGCAGUUUAUGAAACAAAGGCCUCAUUAUUCUUGCUAAGUGGACUCGUAAGUUUUUUAUCUGCUGUUGUAUUUUCCGUGAUACUCUGUGAAAAUGGUCAUGGUUUUCUUUUAAGAGCAAUAGUUUUACAGAAAUCUAAUGUGGUGGAAGCUUUCGAAAGCUGUCCAGCUGUAGCCCACGAAGGCAGAGUAUUUGAGUGUAAAAAUGAAAAUCACACAUCUUACAGGUCAGGCAGUUAAACAUCACGACUUCCAGUGUAUACUGCCAUCUCGUGGUGACGCUCUUGUACUGUUACUGCCAAAUGGCGAUUUAGAUUUAAACGUUAAAAUUUUAAAUUAAGGGUUUAUUUAGUUUCCUUAAUUAUUGGUAUUUUAGUUGUUGAUGUAAUUUAAAUCGGCUUGUUUUUUAAAACAAAGGCCAAACCCAAGCUUGUCAGACUCUUGACCUUGAGUCUCUCCACUCCUUGCCGGUCAUUUUGGCAUCCAUGUCGCGACUAUCCUUCAAAUUCCCUUUUGUGCCACCUUCCAGUCACUCGUGCAAUCCACAGAUCUCUCCCAACUCAUCUCGACUCACACCCGUGGCCAUUCAACAUUUCCAAUAUCACGUGCACUGCUCGCACUGCUGUUUCUCACCUGUCGAUUUUAGCAACGAAUUACCUCUUCAAUGUAUGUAUACUUUUGCUUCCCUCCACCACAUCAAUUCAGGUCCCAAAUCUCCUUCCACCCCCACCAGACGUCUUUUUUUGUUUGCUCUGCUCACACGGCUUCACGAACCUAAAAUAUCCCUCGAGAUCACUGUAAUUAUCUUGCCCCCUCUUGAAGACUCAGUUUUUGUUUGCCAUGACAAACGUCAUUAAGAUAUAGCGGGUGUAAGUGUUAUAAAUAUCAAAAAAUUUCGUUAAAAAAUCCUUUGCAACUGCAACAAAAAUUGCCCUGCGGUGGCAUCUCUCACCAAUCUCCUACUUGCGUUCUUGCUAAGAGCCGUUGAGAUGCGCAGUGUGUCUUCACGAGCAUACCCCAAGGCUUGCCCCAGCAGGCUGACUUCUGAUCAGGAGGGGGGGGUAAACUGAAAAAACCCCUCACUUUCGGAUAGUUGUUUUACAAGCUGUACUGACAAAAAUAGGGCUCGUUUUUCAAGGUCUUGCCUUCAGUGUAAUUGUUCAUAAUGAGGGCUGUGAGUGAUUAUGUUACAGUGAGUACUGUUUGCUCAGACCACUAACCAUGACACAAUUUUAGUUUAUUAUUUGAAUGUAAUUUUUGAAUGCCAAAAUAGUGUGUC